AAACUUCCCCAUCCAGCUCUUUCCUCCUCGGCACCGCAUCCCCUAUACCCCCGCGAACGAUGUAAUGGUGCCAGUCUCUCCCCUUCCUCUUUCCACCUCCAAUCCCGCUCCUAGCCCCAACAUCGACGGCAAUGGCUACCAAGACGCGCUAGACAGGCUGCAGCCCCUGCAGCCCAUCCUCCGGGGCUUCAACCACCGCAACCGGAACCAGCACCGCCGCGCCGCCUGGUGGGCUCCCUUCGGCAUGCUGCGGCGCCACGUCGAGAGGACGGUCGACGAGCUCCUCGAGGCUGCCGAUGCCGUUACUGCUGCUGCCGCCAAGUCAAAGAGCAAGAAGCGGCGGCGGCGGCGUGAUGAUGAUGAUGAUGAUGGCGGCGGCGGCGGCGACGCGGAGAGCAAGGUAAGGGGUCACGUGGAGUGGUUGAGGGACGUCUUAGUUCCCAAGUGCUACUUGGCGUUCUCGCAACUAACAGCGGACAACCAAUUCGCAACGCUAGGCGUAGUGCUGCUCAGCGCCCUAGCCCAGGUCAACGCCGCCUGCGUGCAUCUCGUAGGCGAGGCAGCAGAAGUAAGCCGUGACGAAACUAGCAUAUCCACCGCGGACGAGCCUCCAGAUAGCAGUGCCGCCGUGGUGCGUCUAAAAGAACCCAGCGGCCCAGGAGCCAAGGAGCCGUCCUCCCGGCCCGUCUUGGCCGACAUGUCCAGCGAGCGCGGGGGCUCGGUGAUCUCGCGGGCCGAGGUCGCGCGGGCCGACAAGCUGCGGAGGAAGACCGUCCAAGUCGGGUCUUCUGAUAUACCCAGCAAUGCGAAGCGGUGCCAAGACCACGGCGAUGACGUUGGAGCUGUAAAGAAACAGCAGGAUAUAUCUUCGAAGGCGAAGACCAAGGAGAGUGUGAAACUCGCGAAGAAAAAGAAGACCAAGAAAGGCGGCGACGAGUUUGACGAUCUAUUCAAGAGCCUAUUUUAAGCUAGGGGUAGGACAUGGCAUAGCAGUAAUAAAACACACGUACACACUGAUCUCGCAACCUCCGUACCCCAAGAAAUAUGUUAUUAUCUUC